AUGGACUCCCCAAUUCUUAUCAUCGGCAGCGGCACCUUCGGCGCCUCGACCGCCUACCACUUGGCCAAGAGAGGCUACUCCAACAUCACCUGCAUCGACAAGAACCCUUUCCCGUCCGUUGACAGCGCCGCCUAUGACCUGAACAAGAUCAUCCGCACCGAGUAUGACGAGCCGCUGUACUCGGACAUGGCCAUCGAGGCCAUCCAGGCAUGGAGGCAGCCGUUGUUCGAUGACAUCUUCCACGAGACGGGCUGGCUUGUCACCACAAGCGGAGACCCCGAGGCCGCCAAACGCCUCCGCCAAGCCUAUCAGAAUCUCGUCGACAGAGGCCAGGCAGAGGGCGUCGAGUUCGUCGAGACUAAGAAGGACAUCGUGAAGCAUGUCCCGCAGCUUGCAGCCGCCAAGGGCAUCGACGAGUGGAAGGGCUUCUGGAAUCCGCAGGCAGGAUGGGCCCAUGCCAGAAAAGCACUGGAGAAAAUUGGUGCUGAGGCCAUGAAGAUGGGUGUGAAAUUCAUCGGCGGCCCUGACGGACAAAUGGUCGGCAUUGAAGAGGAGAACGGAAAGGUUAAGGGCAUCAAAGUCGCAUCCGGCAAGAUUCACACUGCGUCCAAGUACAUCCUCUGUACCGGAGCCGCAUCCCCCGCUGUGCUUCCUGAAUUAGCACCGCAUCUCUGGUCCAAGUGCUGGACCCUCGGCCACGUCGAGGUUACCGAUGAAGAGCUCGCCCAGUUCAAGAACUGCCCGGUAGUCGACAACCGAGAACUUGGCUUCUUCUUCGAACCCGACCCAGAAUCCCGGUGGAUCAAGAUCUGCAACGAAUUCCAAGGAUAUCAGUAUCGUGUGGGUGAGUACAAAGAUGGUGAUAAAACACUUCAGUAUUCUGUGCCAUACUACGCGAGCGAGCAUCCCGGCGAGGGCAUCCCGAAGGAAGCCAUGGAUGGUAUCAAUAAGUUGAUAGAUGCCGUGAUUCCUCAAUUUUCUGGCCGGAAGAUUCAUGGAGCUUCCAUUUGCUGGUGCACCGACACGGCCGACCGCCACUUCCUUUUUGACUACCACCCGAAAUACCCGGCCAAGGAAUUCUUGCUUGCCACAGGAGACUCGGGUCAUGCAUUCAAGUUCCUUCCAAUCAUUGGAAGCUAUAUUGCCGAUGCGGUAGAAGGGAAAGAGAGAGGCCUCAAGCCGGAAUGGAGAUGGCACAACAGACCAUGGGGUCAUGAUGAUUCUCGCCCUGGUGAGCGUGUCAAGGAUCUGAGAGAAGUGGGUAUGGGGAAGCCAGCCACAACCAAGCUUUGA